UCUGUAGAGGCCAUCGCUCGUUGCUUCAGAAACAGCCAAAAGAGGAUGCCCAAUAUCUCCGUGAUGAAAUAAACUAUGAUACAGAUCUUCAAAAGCCCUUGUCAGAAUCUGGCUUGAAGCAUGCAACAGUUUUGAAUGAAUUGCCUUACUACCAUUCCACCCAAAACUUAUGUCCAGAUGUAAUGCAUGAUUUUACAGAGGGAGUCUUGCCCCUGGAAAUGCACCUUGUUUUGAGUAAACUUGUUCAGAAGGGUUUCAUAACACUGGAUGAGGUGAACAGUAGAAUAUCCUCAUUCAAUUUUGGCUUUGUGGACCGCAAAAACAGACCAAGCCCAAUCAGGCAGGCAUCACUGAAGAAUCCAUAUUCUGCCAGUGGACAGACAUCAGCACAGAUGACGUGCCUUGCAUACAACAUCCCUCUCAUGUUAGGAGACAAGAUUGAUGAGAUGUGUGAUGAGUGGGAACUCUUACUGUCAAUCAUUGACAUCUUCAAAAUCAUUAUGAGUCCCAGUAUCAGUAAGUCUGCCAUCUAUGUCCUGAAGGCAAUGAUUGAUGAUCACCACAGGCUCUUCAUGCAGCUCUUCCCUGAAGCUAGUCUAACUCCGAAGCAGCACUUUCUUGUGCAUUACCCACGUGCACUGAAACACCUUGGGCCACUGACCCAGUAUUCAGCAUUGCGUUUUGAAGCAAUGCACAGACCUUUCAAGCAGAUUGCCAGUGUAUCUUGCAACUACCAAAACAUUGUCAAAACAUUGGCUAACAGAUACCAAAUGGCACGGUGCUACAGGUCAGUAUCAAAUCAGUCACUGGAUAGCCAAGAUAUCAAUGUGUCACAGCAAGCUGCAGCAAUGCUUGGUGAUCUACUUGAUGAUGAGGCACUUUGCAAAAAAAUUAACUGUGGAAGGGGAACCGAAGUUACAGUUGCUGGGAAAGUGGACAUUCAUGGAUAUGAGUUCCGGGCAGGUGUUGAUGUACUUCUAUAUUGGACUGAUGAUGAUGGACCCACGUUUGGACGUGUUCAGCAUAUUGUAGUGGUGCAAGAAAAGUUGUAUCUGCUCCUUCGGCUGUAUCAGACCUUGUACUUCAACAGACAUGUUGAAGCAUUUGCAGUACAGGUGGGCAGAGAGGAAUCACAAGCUGCUGUUGAAUGGUGUGACCUGUUUGAUCACAGGCCAGUCAAUGCUGUCCAGUCCUAUAGUGGAAGAGGGCGCUGCUUGUAUAUUGUGGUGCACCAUUCAUUCAUCUAGGAACAAGAAGUAUCAUGCUGCAAAUCAACAAAGCAUGGAACAAGCAUCAACGUCGACAAGAAGCCCAUCAGUGUUCUCCUUAGAUGACUGCUCAGAUCUCUCUUGUGUAACAGGAAGUGAGUGGAGUCCCAGACAAAGCCCUUCCCAGCCCAGUUUGGAUACGCCACUUUACGACUCCCCAGAAUCCAAGAGUCCUGAUCAACAUCCUCCCCUGAAACGGGUCAAGAAAGUGCAUUUCAACAUUGCUUGUAUAUUGAGAGAGACCACCAUGGGAAGAGCAGCAUUAAGGAACAUCAAUGCUACAAAUCUCUGCAGCAAAAGGGACCGGCAUACUGUUGUGGAUAUGUUGACUCAGUACCUGAUACGGGAGUAUGGUACCAAGCCAAGCUCAUUUGUGAAGGCAUCAAUGGCCCAUGCCAUUGUGACAAGCUUUCCUUUCUUAAAAGAUCCAGAAUCUCCACUUGGCUAUGAGGCCUGGUACUGCGUGGGGGCCAAGGGACGGCCAGCAACAGGCUACCUGGAGGAGCAUCUGAGGUAUGUCAGAAAAAAGGAGAAGUCCCUGAGGGUACCAGUAGCUGAAGACGAGGCAGAGUCUCAAAAGCAAGGAGAUACCGAUCUUGAGUCUGUGAACGAUGAUAACAUCACGACAAUGGAAGAAUGGCUGCGUAACAACAAGGAGCCAGAGGACAUGGUGAAGGACUACAUGAAACAAACAGCAACAAAAAGACAUGACUGGAUCAAGAGAAGUGACUGUUGUGUGAAGAACAUUCUUACCACAUAUCCCAGACUUCUCGAUGCUGGAAUGAUUGAAGGAGAUUUUGCAGAAUUGUUCCCAGAGAAAGCAAACGCACUGUACCAGAAGUGGCCCACAUUCUGUAACAAAGUAGUGGACUUCACCGAGAAAACUGGCAACUGGAGAAGUGCAAGAGCCGAAUUCGAAAACAUUCAUGACCCUGGGAAACUCAGUCUUGAGGAAAAGAGCAAUCUUGGAUUCUACAUGCUCCCAGUCUUGUUCCGAGGAAGGAAAGAUUCCAAGAGAGGAACGUACACCACUGCAGAAACAUUGUCGUCCUUCAUUGACGUUCAACCAGAGGUUCUCGACAUCCAGACUUAUGUUGAUAACAUUGAUGAAGCAGUCAGGUCACAGCCAUUUGUUGUUGUGCGUGGGAACAUUCUCACACCAAUACAGGCGUACGUCGUAGUAGAGAGGAGGAUACUUCCUGCCGCAACACUGCUUAAAGCAGUCGACUUGUGCUUUAAGGCACUUUAUGUGAUGGAUAUCGAAUAUCAGCCGCAAAGCUGUUCUGUUUGGAAAUUUCUCCAGAUUGUGGUGUUCCAGUUUACCGAUGGGGAGCAUCUUACACCAAAGCUGCGGGAGGUCCGAGCCUUCAUGAACAUGCCAUAAGCCAUCAUGAUGUGUUCACGCCAAGGAUGAUUACUGGUGAUAUAUUUCCUACAGAUGAAACUGACACAUCAUCGUUUAGCACAUUUUGGCUACUUGAACCAGUUUAUUUUGGGAGAAAAAAAACUGGAAAAAAGUAUUAUUUUGGACAAAAUAACCUUAAAGACAAACUGUUAUGAGUUGGAUUCAGCACAUUAUUUUACAUAAUUUAGACAUGUUUGUGUAAGACUGAAGAUUUGAGGGUGGGGUGAGGAUCGCUGAAUAAUAUUAAAAAAAAGAGUGAAUUUAUACACAGCAGAAGUCUUUGUGUACAUUUUAAAAAUGAUAAAGGCCUAAUUGUUUUAUCCCAAUCAUUGCUUAACAUCCCCACCUUGAAAGUUUAAGAAAACAAAUGAAUAUAUGCCAAGUAUAAAUACAAAACAUAUUAUUGGCUAUAAAUCUUUUGCACUGGCGUAUACAAAUGCUUAUCGUGUUUGGUCUUAAUCCCAAGAGUACUGUUUCAUAACUCGUACAUCAAAAUGAUAUAUUUCUUCAUAAAACAUGAGCUAUGAUAUUUUCUGCGUUUAAAAAAGCAAGUGGGGUAUAUGAUUGUAAAUUACAUAUACCAUUAAUUUUCAUGUAAUGUGUAUCGUCCAUUGACCCUACGCUGAACUCUCUGCUGAAUGGACUGCAUGCAUUAAUUUACAUCGCGCAAAGCAGAAGUAGAGAAGUCAACAUUUUUAUCUACAUUUUGCAAAAUUGUAUUGAUAUUAUUGAUAAUAUCAAUAAAAUCAAUCAAACUGAGUAUAGCAGGUAGGGUCAAUUGAUUUUUGUUGUCUUUAAUCUAAUCAAAAAGUUAUAGUAGGCAGUGUGUAUCCUUGUUAUUUGAUCAGUACCUGUUCACCAUCACAGAUAGCCAAACUUUCAUGUGGUACUUCUGCACAUGUCAAAUAAUCUAGAGGGAUUUGAAUUUAUUUCCUCUUUUUUUUUACUUCAAAAAAAUGUGUUCAUGUGUAACACUCUAAGGCAGAGUAUUGGUGUGUCAGGAUAAAUGAACACUAUGCCACACCCACAAAAUAUAUAUGAUGCACAUAUUCAUGUAUGAAAUCAGAGUACAUGGAAUACAUACAGUGUACAUCAAAGUUGUCAUGCUGCACCAAACAGGGGCUAUAUUUGCAUUUACUUUUUUUAAAAGGUUGUAUUUUUUUCACCAAAAAUUGUAAUGUUGUAGUUGAUGUUAACAAGUUUUGUUUUUACGUUUCUGAUGAAAACAACAACAUGUGUUUACUGUGUAUGUUAUUUGUGUUUCAGUUAAGCAAUUAUUACCCUUUAGAUGAGAAAAAGAGUUGAGCCAAUAGAUGUUAUGGAAAAAAUGUUGAGCAAUGAUUAUCCAACAGACGAAUUAAAGAGUUGGGCAAAUGGA